UGAACAGGGAGGCCCGACCCCAGAUAGCAAGGUGCCUGGCAGGCAGACAUCGUCCCUGCGGCAGCGCCUAGAGAGCCGCCUAGAGGCCGCUCGUUUCCGCUACAUCAACCAGCUGCUCUACACACGCUCCAGCCAAGAGGCAGCCCAGCUUUUCCAGGAGGACCCUGAGGCAUUAGGUGUCUACCACCGAGGUUUUGCCCUGCAGGCAGCCCACUGGCCCGAGCGACCCGUGGAGCGCUUUGUGCACUAUCUUCACCGUAGACCAGCCUCCCUGGUUGUGGCCGACUUUGGCUGCGGGGAUUGCACCCUGGCUCGCAGCCUGCCCAAUCGGGUACACUGCUUCGACCUGGCGGCCCUGGACCCGCGGGUGACCGUCUGCGACAUGGCCCAGGUGCCGCUGGAGGACGCCUCCGUGGACGUGGCCGUCUUCUGUCUGGCGCUGAUGGGGACCAACCUGCGCGAGAUCCUGCAAGAGGCGCACCGCGUCCUGCGAGCCGGGGGGACGCUGCUGGUGGCCGAGGUGGCGAGCCGCUUCGCGGACCUGCGGGCCUUCCUAGGAGCGCUGGCCCGGCUGGGCUUCCGGCUGACCUCCAAGGUAGGACGUCUCGGGCAGCCACUUCUACACUUUCGAGCUGCGCAAGACCGACCUGGCGGAGGCGGCGAAAGCGGCCGAGCUGCGCGGACUGGUGCUACGGCCCUGCCUGUACAAGCGCCGGUGACGUCGGGGUUCCCGACCAAUAAAGGCCCGUCUUGCUGGCGAGUGGCGGUUCCUGUGUGGCUCUCUGGGAAAUGUAGGCGGGGCGGGUGUCGUGCGCAGGCGCGCGGCAGCGGGCCGAGCGCGGCGGCGGCGAUGUCGGGGUCCGGGUCCGGGGGCGGCAGGAUAGAUGUCAACCGGGCCGGCGCGGCGGAGCUUGAGCGGGCGCUGGUCGGGAUCGGGCACCGCCGAGCGCGGGGGAUCGUGCGCAAGAGGGAGGAGCUGAGGGGCUUCGCCCGCCUGGAGGACCUGCUGCGUGUCAAGGGCAUCACCGCCCGGAUCCUGGAGCUGAACCGCCAGCGCGUGACCUGCUCGCACCGGCCGGAGACGCCCGACCGCCCCCCGCGACGGCGCCCCGGCCUCGCCGCCCAGGGCUCUCCCCGCCCCGGCAGGGAGGCCGCGGAGCCACGCAGCCUCGCCCGCCCUUCCUCUUCACAGGAUGGCGGCGGCGGAGCGGGAGGACCGCGCGGGGAAGUUGCCGCUGUCCGUAGCCCCGGAGGGCCGGUGCGCAGUCCUGAGCGCGGCGGCCGGCCCGGUUCUCCGCGGGGCAGCGGCGACUCGGAGGAGAGCAGCGACGGCGACGAGGCGGGCGGGGACGGCUACUUCUACUACACGGUGGACGAGCGCUGGAUCGACUAUGUGGAGCGGACGGAGGGCGGGGGGCUCCUCCAGCACUCCCGGCCCAAGAUGAAGCGCAAGUCAGAGGGCGGGGGCCCCGAGGGCAGAGCCCAGUCCCCGGGGAAGAAGCUCUGCAAAAGUUCCGAGCGGGGCAGGAUGCUGGGUCCCUGCAUCGCUCGGCCUGCAGCCACUUUUGGGGAUCUUCGGAAUGCCAAGGCCGGCCAGGCACGAUGCCGGCACGUCCCCCCCGUGGCUCCGCCCCCUGAGCUGCAGGACUGGUUACGCACUUUCCAGCGCUGGAGUGGCCCAGAGAAGCUGCUAGCCCUAGAUGAGCUCAUUGACAGCUGUGAGCCUCCCCAGAUUAAGCACAUGAUGCAAGUGAUUGAGCCCCAGUUCCAGCGUGACUUCAUCUCGCUUCUGCCGAAGGAGCUGGCUCUCUACGUCCUCUCCUUCCUGGAGCCUCGGGACCUGCUUCGAGCUGCGCAGACGUGUCGCUACUGGCGCAUCCUGGCCGAAGACAACCUGCUCUGGCGGGAGAAGUGCCGCAAUGGAGGUAUCGAGGAGCCACUGAGCCUGCGUAAGCAACGGCUGCCAAGCCCGGGCUUCAUGUACAGCCCUUGGAAGCUGGCCUUUCUGCGGCAGCAUCGCAUUGAUAUGAACUGGCGCAAUGGAGAUGCCCGGCCACCCAAGGUCCUCAAAGGUCACGAUGACCACGUCAUCACCUGUCUCCAGUUCUGCGGCAACCGCAUCGUCAGUGGCUCAGAUGACAACACGCUCAAGGUUUGGUCUGCCGUCACUGGUGAGUGUGUGCAGACUCUGGUGGGACACACCGGUGGCGUUUGGUCCUCCCAGAUGAGGGACAAUAUCAUCAUCAGUGGCUCUACGGACCGGACCUUGAAAGUGUGGAACGCAGACACGGGCGAAUGCGUGCACACUCUCUAUGGUCACACCUCGACUGUGCGCUGCAUGCAUCUCCAUGACGCUAGGGUGGUGAGUGGCUCCCGGGAUGCCACGCUCCGUCUUUGGGAUAUAGAGACCGGGCAGUGCCUACAUGUGCUAAUGGGGCAUGUGGCUGCUGUGCGUUGCGUCCAGUACGAUGGGCAUAAGGUGGUGAGUGGUGCCUACGACUACACGGUAAAAGUCUGGGAUCCGGAGACCGAGAGCUGCACCCACACGUUGCAAGGCCACACCAACCGGGUCUAUUCUCUGCAGUUUGAUGGCACCCACAUUGUGAGCGGCUCCCUGGACACCUCAAUCCGCGUAUGGGAUGCCGAGAGCGGCAACUGCUUGCACACCCUGAUGGGGCACCAGUCCCUCACCAGUGGCAUGGAGUUGCGGGACAACAUCCUCGUCUCUGGCAAUGCUGACUCCACCGUGAAAAUUUGGGAUAUCAAAACGGGGCAGUGCUUGCAGACCCUCCAAGGGCCCAGUAAGCACCAGAGCGCAGUCACCUGCCUCCAGUUCAGUUCCAAGUUUGUCGUGACCAGCUCAGACGACGGCACAGUCAAGCUGUGGGAUCUCAAGACGGGAGAAUUUGUGCGCAACCUGGUUGCCCUGGAAAGUGGGGGCAGCGGGGGAGUCGUCUGGCGUAUCCGGGCCUCCAACACCAAGCUCGUGUGUGCUGUGGGCAGCCGCAACGGCACUGAAGAAACCAAGCUGCUGGUGCUGGACUUUGAUGUGGACCUGAAAUGAGGGACUGUACUGUUUGGGGAGCCUGCAGGCCAGGUGGCCCCACUGGGGGACGGGGGGGGACGGGGCAUGUCCGAGGUCACCUUAUUUAUAAUUGAUGCAGCAGGACCUCCGUGGCUGGCAAACCGGGAGAGCACCGGGGGACUGUUUUGUACA